AUGCCAUUUCUGCAAGAUUACGUAUAUCCAGUUGAAGACUUACAACCUUUGCACGAUUUACUAAAAGAGUGGAAUUUGGAAUGUACUUAUCAAACUUUACUUGAUGAACUAAUUGACUUGAAAAUUUUGGCAAUUAUGAAAGUUGACUAUCACACUAAUGAACUUUUGAAAAAUUACCCACUUGGCAUUAAAAUAUUAUUUUCUAAUAACUUAGAAAAGUGGCAAAAUUCAAAAAAAUCAUCUUCUAUGACAUCACUGCUUCCAACUACUUUGGACAAAAAACUUUCUCAAGAAAAACUUUCUUCAGCCAUAUCUAUAAAUCUUGGAGAAAUUUUAAAUGAGUGCUCAACUGGAUUAAUGAUCAAUGACUAUUAUAAGACAAAUCACAAAUUUAAUGACAAUAUAAGAACAUUGUUGGUCGAUACUAUUAUCAAUUAUGUCAUAACUAAGAAAAUAUCCAUGUCUGUUGCCCUCGCUAAUAGUAUUGCUGAUCAAAUUGCUGAUAUAUUUCCAACAGAAGUAAAAGAUUCAUAUUUUUUAAAAUAUGAUACAAACAAAAAUCCAAAGGGUAAGCUGUAUGCUAAAUAUUACAACUCUAUGCGAACUUUGAAAAACAGUGGUCUAAUACCCUCUAGCAAUCAUACAAAACGACCAACCAAUCCAAUUAAUCGCAAACACGAUUUACAUUUUGAACCAGAAAAUGAUGUACAGUAUAUUCUUGAACAAAUUAAACACGAUAAUAAUUGUUCUUUCCCUGACUUAGAAUAUAACUGGAAAGCAACAACACAGUUCCGUUUAAAAAACUUCAACCUCUACUCAUGA